AUGAUCCUCUCCUCGCCCGCCGUGCGCAAGAUCGCCGACGCCGACGUCGACGAAGUCACUCAACUCUUCGUCCACUCACUCGACCUCUCUAUCCCCGGCGUCACCUUCUCCACCGACCCCCAGUACGCGGCGCUCGACCUCGUCGCCGCCUCGCUCCGCAAGCGCCUCUUCCCGCCGCGGUCCCGCGAGGCGUACGUCCUCGAGGACCCCGCGACAGGCGCGCUGCUCGGGUACGGGAACGUCAAGCCCGAAGGCGGCCCGGCGGGGGACGCCGACGAGCUCGACAUGUUCUUCGUCAAGGCGUCGGAGGGCGGGAAGGGCUAUGGAGGCCUGUUGAUGAAGGCAGUCCAGGCGGAGUUCGCGGGGGCCUUUGGGUGA